AUGAGUAUAUAUAAUUUUUUUCUUUACAUAUAUAUUUUUUACCGUAGGAGGAGUUUAUAUUUGUUAUGUUUUUCAUUAAUUGUGUCUUUAAUACUAUCAAAUUCAAUUAUUUUGUUAGAGUUUAAACACAGGAUUAUUAUAUCAUUAAUAAUAUCAUUUUUUAAUUUAUGUGUAUUAAAAAAUGUUAUACAAAAAAUAAUAUUUACAAUUAAAAAAGAUGUUUUUACAAUCUUAAUUAAUUCUGUCAUUAUUUUUUAUUAUGUCAUAAUCGUGUUUUGUCAAUUUUUUUCACCAAAUGAAAUAAAAUAUAUUAUUAAAAUAUUUAACAAGAAUAUAGUUUUUUAUACGGCUGAAAAAUCGUAUAUGGAGAACUGCAAUUCUCUAAAUAAUAUUACAGAUAAACUUGAUAUAUUUGUAAUAGCACAUUUACUUGGAUGGUUCAUUAAAGGAUUUGCGAUGAGAAAUUUUUUUCUUCUAAAUUUGAACAGUGUAUUAUUUGAACUGUUAGAAUUAAGAUUUCAACAUUUACUUCCGAAUUUUUAUGAAUGUUGGUGGGAUCAUGUAAUAUUAGAUGUUUUAGGCUGUAAUUUAAUUGGAAUUAUGUUAAGUAUAUUUGUUAUGAAAUACUUCAACAUACCAUUUUUUGAUUGGACAAUUCCUGAUAAAAUUAAACCAAAAAAAAAAAAUUUAAUAUUCCCAACAUUAGACAAAUUAUGUAGAAAAGUUUUUAAAAACAGUGCUUCUUUGCUCUUAUUAAUUUUUUACUCUAUAAUAGUAAAUAUUAUUGAUCUAAAUAUAUUUUUUUUAAAAGCGGAAUUAAAUUUAUAUCCAACUAAUUAUAUCAUAUUUUUAAGAACGGGUUUGGUUGUUAUAAUAUGUGUUAAAGCAUCCAUUGAGCUACAUAAUUGCAUAUCGAGAGAGGCAAGUAUUGAUGGUGUUUUUUAUGUAUUCAUAGUGGUAACAAUUUUUUUACUAGAGUUACUUUUAUGUGUAAAGUGGAAACAUAACCUGAAAUCAGACAACUCAGACCUGACAGUUAUUAACGCAACGUGGCUAUUGAUUACUUCUACAUUUUCCUCAAUACUUCUUUUCCUUUAUGCUAAUGAAUGUUUGAUAUGA